AUGGCUAUUCGGCGGGCUGGCUUUGAUUCUUCACAAGAAGAAGAGAAGAUGCUCAACAUCCUAUUGCAGGAUCCUGACACUAUGCAUCGCAAUGACUCACGAACCCCAUUCUUGGCCCAAGCGUUGGCAGCACUGCUGGCUAGCGUCUCGCCACUGUUGGAAUCGCUGAAUCUCUGUUUUAUCGGCAUGGAACACCCGAAGCUCUUGAGACAAAACAGACAAUCAGAUGGUGCUCCAUUUCCAGAAACGGACUAUUUCUUUAAACACUUUCUUGACCGUGUCAAUAGUGGCUCSCAGAAGACUAUGCCAUUCCUAGAAAAUCUUCGUAAGGUUCGGUUUCUUGUCGAUGCUGAGGAAAAUAUCUGGGAGUGGUUCUAUUAUCAGCCCCAUGACCUUUACGGCAGCGUGAAUCUGGUGCGUCGACUGCCCGGAGUAGAAUCCGUUCAAUUUGACGGCAUUUUCGAGGAGGAGAAUGUCAGUGUGAUACCCCCGCCCAGGUCAGCAAAUUACACCAAGAUUACUAUUCGAAAUUCCAAUAUGGAUUUACAUCACCUGGUGAGGAUCAUCGAGUCGGCUAGGCGGCUUGAAGAAUUUACUUAUGCGGUUGGUGGCCGAGCCUCGAGAGAUGGUGUUGGGUUGAUCAAAUUCUUCAGUCUGGAACACGUCCUUCGGGCCCUCCUCUUGCAUGGUGAAUCCCUACUACAUCUAGAUUUGGAUAUGGAAGGAGACAUUUCUUUGACCCAGAUAUUCCAACCAUAUGACUUCGAUGAUGACGAUCCGCCCCCAAGUUCCGACCCUGCUUAUCAUCAUGAGUGGGCAGAAGAACUCCAAACGCUCGAAACAGAUGAACAUCCAGUCUAUGAUUGGUCGUCACCGUGUACGCUUCGUGGGCUUCCAAAAUUGAAGAAUUUGAGCCUCGGUAUUCACCUCCUAUACUAUUUGGCUCGAGGAAUUGGCGGCGAUCAGGUGGAGGAGGAAGAGGCAUCAUUUGCAAUUGUAGAUCAUCUCCCACCAAAUAUCGAAUCGCUCUGUAUCUAUGGAUACGAGAAAGGUAUGAAACCCUACAUACAGGGUCUACCGCUCGAUGUGUUUGAUAGGCAGUUGGAGAAAUUGCUCGCUGAAAAGGACACGAAACUGCCACGAUUGACAUACAUCGAGGGCAUUGAUGAGUUGAUUGUGAAUGCAUUCACGGUGGCACAGCCUCAUCACGAUCAUGAAGAUCUAUGGGAGAGGGGCACGGAUGAUAAUUGGACCAAUCAUGAGUAUGACUGUUAG